AAACCUAGGAAGCCAGGAUGCAGAGGGGAGGAGGGAGAGAAUUCUAGGCUUGGGAGACAGCCAGUGAAAAUGCAGUUGGGAGAUGGGGUGUCUUGGACAAGGAGCAGCAAGGUUUCUGGAUCACAGAGCAAAAAGAGGGAAAUGUGAGAUGUAAGAAGUCUGGAAAUGUGGGAAUGGAGCAGAUUUUGAAGGGCUUAAAAGCCAGAGGAUUUCAUAUUUGAUCCUGAAGGUAACAAGGAGCCACUGGAGUUUACCGAGUUAAGAGGGUGACAUGGUUAGAUUUGUGCUUUUAGGAAGAGAAAUUUGACAACUGAGUGGAGGAUGAAUGGAAGUAGAGACCAAGAAGCAGGCUAUUGUAGUAGUUCAAGUGUGAGGUGAUGACGGCCUAUACCAGGGUAGGUGGCAGUGUCAGAGGAAGACAAUGGGGCGAAAAAGAGAGAAAUGAAGGACAUCCAGUUCUAUGUCCAAUAGGCUGUCGGAGAUGGAAGACUGGACAUCACGUUCAGCCAGGAGUCGAACCUGGAAUCUUCUGAUCCGUAGUCAGACGCGUUAUCCAUUGCGCCACUGGCCCGAGGACGAAAAAACUCCUGCAGCAGCACAUCUUCAAGAGAAUGCCGCGGGGCUUCAUGGGGGAUGUAGUUUUUUAUUUGGAUCCGUUUCAGGGGUCCCGGCGCGGACAACGUGAGGGGGAAAAUGGCGGCGGUGGCAGUUGGGGCGGCCUCUGGGUGCCGCGUGUCCAGCGGGCGGGACCUCAAUUGCGUCCCAGAAGUGGCUGAUACGUUGGGGGCAGUGGCGAAACAAGGCUUUGAUUUCCUCUGCAUGCCCGUCUUCCAUCCCCGAUUCAAGAGGGAAUUCACCCAAGAACCUGCCAAGACCCGUCCUGGGCCCCACACAAGAUCUGACCUGCUGCUAUCAGGACGGGAUUGGAAUACAUUGAUUGUGGGAAAGCUGUCACCAUGGAUCCGCCCCGAUUCCAAAGUGGAGAAGAUAAGAAGGAAUUCAGAGGCGGCCAUGUUGCAAGAGUUGAAUUUUGGGGCAUACCUGGGCCUUCCAGCUUUCUUGUUACCUCUUACUCAAGAGGAUAACACUAACCUGGCCAGAGUCCUGACCAAUCACAUCCACACAGGCCAUCAUUCUUCUAUGUUCUGGAUGAGAGUGCCCUUGGUGGCAGCAGAAGACCUUCGGGAUGACAUCAUUUCGAAUGAACCUCUUACACAGACAGAAGCAUGUACUGGGGAGGAGAAGACAUGGAUGUGGUGGCAUAACUUUCGCACCCUGUGUGACUACAGCAAGAGGAUUGCAGUGGCUAUUGAAAUUGGUGCUGACCUUCCAUCCAAUCAUAUAAUUGACCGAUGGCUUGGGGAGCCAAUCAAAGCAGCCAUCCUUCCCACCAGCAUCUUCCUGACCAAUAAGAAGGGAUUUCCUGUCCUUUCUAAGGUGCACCAGAGGUUGAUCUUCCGGCUCCUCAAGUUGGAGGUACAAUUCAUCAUUACUGGUGCCAAUCAUCACUCAGAAAAAGAAUUUUGCACCUACCUGCAGUAUUUGGAAUACUUGAGCCAGAACCGUCCACCACCUAAUGCCUAUGAACUCUUUGCCAAGGGCUAUGAGGACUAUCUCCAGUCCCCUCUCCAGCCAUUGAUGGAUAAUCUGGAGUCACAAACUUAUGAAGUGUUUGAGAAGGAUCCCAUCAAAUAUUCCCAGUACCAGCAGGCCAUCUACAAAUGUCUCUUGGAUCGUGUACCAGAAGAGGAAAAGGAUACCAAUGUGCAGGUGCUGAUGGUCUUAGGUGCAGGCCGAGGUCCCUUGGUGAAUGCUUCUCUCCGGGCUGCCAAGCAGGCUGAUCGGAGAGUGAAACUGUAUGCUGUAGAGAAGAACCCCAAUGCUGUGGUAACGCUAGAGAACUGGCAGUUUGAAGAAUGGGGCAGCCAGGUGACAGUGGUAUCAUCAGACAUGCGGGAAUGGGUGGCACCUGAGAAGGCAGACAUCAUCGUUAGUGAACUCCUAGGCUCCUUUGCAGAUAAUGAACUGUCACCUGAAUGCCUGGAUGGAGCCCAGCACUUCCUAAAAGAUGAUGGAGUGAGCAUCCCAGGGGAAUAUACUUCUUUCCUAGCCCCUAUCUCAUCAUCUAAGCUGUAUAAUGAAGUCCGGGCAUGUCGAGAAAAGGACCGGGAUCCUGAGGCCCAGUUUGAGAUGCCUUAUGUAGUUCGACUGCACAACUUUCACCAGCUGGCUGAACCCCAGCCUUGCUUUACCUUUACCCAUCCCAACCGAGAUCCCAUGAUUGACAACAACCGCUACCGAACAUUGGAGUUUCCUGUAGAGGUGAACACUGUGCUGCAUGGGUUUGCCGGGUACUUUGAGACCGUGCUUUAUCAGGACAUCACUCUGAGUAUCCGUCCAGAGACCCACUCUCCUGGGAUGUUUUCCUGGUUUCCUAUUCUCUUUCCUAUCAAGCAGCCCAUCACUGUGCAUGAAGGGCAGACUAUCUGUGUUCGAUUCUGGAGAUGCAGCAGUGCCAAGAAGGUGUGGUAUGAAUGGGCAGUGACAGCACCUAUCUGCUCAGCUAUUCAUAAUCCGACCGGUCGCUCCUAUACCAUCGGCCUCUAGUGUUUCCUGCUAGUGCCCAAAGCCUAGGAACCAGGAACCAGUCCCCACUUCCCCUAUAGCAUUGAAAGAACCAAUAAUUAUUCCCUAGGGUGGGGUCACCCUUGUCAUUCAUCAGAUCAGGGUAUCCUCAUCUGCUUUUCCUGUCUUGUAUAAAGGUGGGUAAAAGGGCAGAGUUAAUUAGAGUGCCUCCUAUCCCAUUCUGUUGUAAAAGAUCCUGGGCUAGGGAACACUCUGCAGAAUGUGAAGCCACAGGGACGGCACGGCUUCCAGGGCUUCCUGGAGCAAACCCUGAAAACACUGGACUGAGUGAUUUUCAACCCUACCCAUCUCUGUGUUCCUCUUGGUUCUUCUAUGUCAAAGGAAAUACAAAUAAAGCAGUUAUAGUCCUUCCUGCCCCCA